AUGUCGUCCAGCAACCCCGACCAGAAGUCUCCCACCCCGCCCCCUACCGUAUGCCCCUCUCUGCCCCUCCUGGCCUCGGAACCAGCGCAUGUGCACUAUAGCAAGGAGCUAACGAGAACCAAGAACACCGAGGGCGGCAACGCUGCAGGUGAUGUCAACGCUGCCGUCGACGAGCUCCUCAACACCAUUUCCAACAAGUUUGCCGGCAUAUCGAGUGAGAUCUUCGCCAAGAUGGACGAGAUGUCUCGCCGCUUGGAUAACCUCGAGACGGCUCUCCUGACAGACAAGGACAAGGACGGAAACUCAAACGCAAAGCCUGCUUAG